AGGAAAGAUAGAUUGAAGUAAAUUUAAAUGAUAAAAUUUUCAUAAAAAAAGAAUUUCAAUGACCAAUCUAUUUUUACUUUGUUUUGGCAAAUUGGAGGGACUAGUUGACGUGACAAAUAUCUUUGCAAUUACGAGGGAGCCUCGUGAUAGGUGCAAUAAAUAUAGAAAGAAACACGCGUAAGUUACUACUACCCAAUAAUCUUAAAUAGAUAAAUCCGUCUUCCCUAUAUCAACGCAUUUGUUUUUAGAUAGAUAUCCAAACGCAUCACGCAAUUACGAUCCAACAACAAUGUCUCCUCUUCUAUGCAUAUUGCUCGCUCUCGUCGUCUUCGCCGGAACACUUUUUCCGACACGUGCCGCCGAUGAGUUGGGUCGUGUAGAAGGAGGAGUCGGAAAGCGUCAGAGAGAGUUUGACUAUUUCGCUUUGGCUUUACAAUGGCCUGGAACUUAUUGUCAACGCACACAACAUUGUUGUUCCUCUAAUGCUUGCUGCAGAGGCUCCAAUGCUCCAGCAAUAUUCACCAUACAUGGACUGUGGCCUGACUAUAAUGAUGGAACGUGGCCAGCAUGUUGCACUAAAUCUCAUUUUGAUCCAAAAGAGAUAUCGACAUUGAAUGAUGCUUUAGAACAAUAUUGGCCAUCAUUGAGCUGUGGCUCACCAUCAUCAUGCAAUGGUGGAAAAGGUUCAUUUUGGGCUCAUGAGUGGGAGAAGCACGGCACAUGCUCAUCUCCUGUGUUUAGAAAUGAAUAUGAUUAUUUCUUGACAACGCUUAAUGUUUAUUUCAAAUAUAAUGUUACGAGAGUUCUAAAUGAUGCUGGAUAUGUUCCGUCAAACACAGAAAAGUAUCCCCUCGGAGGCAUUAUCUCUGCCAUUGAGAAUGCUUUCCAUGCAUCCCCUCAAAUAGUUUGCUCAAAAGGUGCUUUGGAGGAACUUCGCAUAUGCUUCUAUAAGGACUUCAAGCCACGUGAUUGUGUUAUUGGAACAGACACUGCAAUUGACAUGGUUACUUCAAAAGGAUCAUGUCCUACAUAUGUCAGCUUGCCAGAACUUGUAUCAAUAGGGCGUGGCGGGCUUCAGAGUUGGGCGUCUAACGAUGCAGCUAUUUAAGGUUAUGGUAGUGUGCUUCUAUUUGUAAAUUUCUGUACCAUGCGAAUAAACAAAGCCACAGGCAUAAAUUUGUUUGGAUGUUGUAUCAUUUAUCAAUUUGGAGACGACAAAUUGGAUAAAGUGAAGAACUGGACAUAUGCCUGCUAAACUUGGCCCAAAAAAAUGAAGAGAUGACUGAGAGUAUUAUUUGGGAUCUAUCUCAGCCCACUGCUUUGUUUUGUGGGGUCGGGUUCGUAUCUGUUUCCUUAUCAUUGAAAGAAUGUACAAGUACAAUUGUUAUUGUAGAAUGAAAUAUUUUGUAUCAUUAGGAGUUGUGGUAAAUGAAUAUAUACAUUUUCCUUUAAUAUCAUUGAAAGAAUGUACAAGUACAAUUGUUAUUGUACAAUGAAA